CACACUUGUUGGUUGAACAAAAAGAAAGAAAGAAGGAAAGAAGUACAAAAAUGAGAAAAGAAAAGCAAAUGAAGGAUAAUAAAUAGAGCAAGCGAAAAACGGAAAACGGCGUUACGACAUUACGGCAUGCAUACGGAAUCAUCAUCAUUCAUACAGGAUUAACUGUAGUAAACAACAACGUUGAAAAUUUACUUCUUUUCUUAACUCGCCUCCUCCUGGAGUAAGGUAAUAACAAGAAUAAAAAGCAAAAUAAAAGAAAAAAGUAAACAAAUAAUUCAGACGACGCACCACUACGACGAAGAAGACAGCGACAAACGAUGGCGGGAAAUAUCGUUAAAUGGUGGAAACACAAGAUACUCGGCGGAUAUAAACAAUUCUCAGUUCAAGAAUGCACAACAGACUCCGAAGAAUUGAUGUAUCAUCAAGUUCGAGCCCCAUCAUCGUGCAGUGCCCCUCCUGAUUUACUUCUAGUUAGCGAUAGAGAAAAUAAUAUACCAUUAAAAUCACCGGUAGUUAAUAUAAUUUCGGCAACAUCACCUGCCGGAUCUGCGUCACAUCAUCAACAUCACAAACAACAACAACAACAUCACCAUUCGCAACAUCAUCAUCCUCCAUCAUCACAUCAUCAACAGCACAGUAACAGCAACAACACACCAAAAGAUGUUCUUAGUAAAAAUUCAAAAAACGGUAGCAGUAAAACUCAUCAUCAGCAGCAUUGUAAUGGAAAAUCGAUGAAUGUAAAUAAUGGCGUCAGCGUUAGCGGCGGAACAACACAAAAUGGCGGCAUCGCUGGUGGAGAUGCACCGGUUGAGCAGGGCAAAGAUGAGCGGAUACAUUUAGAGGAAUUCACAUGUGAUGUCUCCGUUGAGGGUGGCAAAUCAUCACAACCUCUGCAAUUUUCCUUUACCUUUUACGACUUAGAUGGGCAUCAUGGGAAAAUUACCAAGGACGACAUCGUUGGCAUUGUCUAUACGAUAUACGAAUCCAUUGGCAAGUCAGUUGUGGUGCCACAUUGUGGUAGUAAAACAAUAAAUGUUCGUCUCACUGUCUCACCGGAGGGUAAAUCUAAGGCAGCUGCUGCUGCUGCUGCUGCCGCUGCCGCAGCUGCUGCCUCAGCAGCAGGAACAAAGUACAAGAAAGCAGUUGGCCAUUCGACGAGAGAUGGUAGUCAGCAAACUACACACGGGGGUGGUGGUGGUGGUCAUUCGAGACGUCAGCAUCGUUAUAGACCAAGAAAAUUGGUCAAAACUGAUGACGAAGAUGAUGACAGUACAAGUGAAAAGGAAGCAGCGGUCAAAAAAUCCUAUAGUUCUAGCAAAUCCAAGUGCUGUCAACAACUACAGCAUCAACAGCUACAGCAAAUCCAGCAGUCACAACCACAACAACCGCUCCAAGAAGUGGAAAGUAAUGUGGAUGUCAAUUGUGGUGGACAUGAAAAUAUCUAUGAAAAUAUGUCGAAUCUCAAAGAGGAAUGCAAGGGAUGCCUAACGCAACAGCAAAAGUCUGAAUUGUACUUAAAGCAAGCAUCGACGCGAGUGAAGAUGCUUCGCAAGGCUCGAAAACAAAAGUACCAGGACCAUUGUCAUGAAUCCCGUCAAAGAAGUCUUUCUGUUGGAAAUGAAUCGUGUUGGAAAAUUCGACCGAAUAAUUCUUUAAAAACACUGUCACACCAACAACAACAACAACAACAACAUAAUCAUCAUCAUCAUCAGCAACAUGAACAUAACUCACCCCAUAAUCAUCAUCAACAUCAACAUCAAACAGACAACAAUACACAAACUAGUAGUCCUGAUCAGCUUCAGCUUCAGCAUCAACAUCAUAACCAAAAUCAGGAGCAUCCAAGUCAGGAUGUAGUUGAUAGCAUUGGGGUGUUGGUUGAAGGUGGUUGUAGUGCAGGCGGCGGAAGCGGUAGCGGUAGCGGUAACGGCAGCGGUGGUCAUAAUACUCAGGCUCAGGUUCAGGUUAAUAACACAUCAAACGCAGCAUCAACAACAGCAGAUUGCUGGAAUAAUGCAUUGAAUCGUAACGAUUUGAUUGAUAUCAUUCGAGAGAGCAUGGAAAAAAAUCGACUGUGUUUUCAAUCGAAUAGAAAACCCCAAGCAAAUGUGAGCCCCAUCCGCCAUCGGCAUCGUUCAAAUACGGUAUCGAAAAUGCUCACAAGUUCGAACAACAACACCAACAAUACUCCUAUCAGCACCACCAUCAACAACAACAACAACCACACCACUACCGAUCCUACGGCAGUGGCAAUCACCACGCAUCAUCAUCAUCAACAACAACUCGAAGUAAACAACCACAAUCACCAUCAUCUUCAACCCCACAUUCCUAUCUACCAUCAACAAAUGGCCAUUAAUCCGGCCGUUUUAGCCGCCCAAAAUGGCAUCGUUCACAGUAAAAUGAACCUUUGUGGCUAUGAUUCUUUUUUACAUGCCACAAUAUGUAGCGGUGGUACUAGCCAUUCACCGCCACCCCCAACAACAGGAACAACAACAGCAACCGGCUAUCCUCACCAUCAGCCGGUGGCAACUGUUCAGCCAAUUAUGACAACUUCGCCAAAAAUCGAUGCCAACAAUCAAAUCAAAACAAGUAAAAUUCUACGCAACGGAGGUCAUCAUAGCAGUCAGCAAAAUUCACCACAAUUUCAUGGUUACCAUCGAUUGCCGUCGGGGAGUCAGAGCGCUGCUAAACUCAACAUUUCACUGCUGAAUGCCAUGAGUCCGAAUUUAUCGAGUCAGGAGAGAUUCCAUCAAACCAUCGAACAUGUUGAAAAAUGGCUAUCUGAACGUGAUCGUAAGCUCCUGAAAAACGCUGCUGGAGGAGUCGAUGAAAAAUGCAAGAAGGACGUCAAGAACUAUGAUAAUUUACUGUUUGCCAAACUAACGGAAAAACUUCAACAACAACAACAACAGCAACAAGAAUCCUCAAUGGGACGUAAUGGUGGAAACAAGGAGAACAUACGCCGGAUGCAUAAUUCUCAAAAUCACAACCUAAAAAUGCACCAUCAUCGUCGUAGUCAAUUGUCAGCUAUUGUAGCGCCAUCUACGGCCAAACCAACGUCCGGAAGCAGCGGCAGCAGCAGUACGGAGAAGUUACUCGACAACAGCAGCAGCAGCAAGUAUGUGACGUUGAUUCCAAUCAAUGGGGAUCCUUUGGAAUGUGAAAAUUUACUUCAUCUCACGUCAGAUGAGGAAUCUACCACAGUGCCACGUACACCAUCUACAUCUCCACCUCCACCUCAACUUCAACCUCAACCUGCAAAUGCUGCUAUUAGUGGUGGAGUAGGUGUUGGCGGGGGUGUUGAUGAGGGUCGAAGUACGAGUAGUUCUUCUUCGUUAAUACACCGGUACGUGCACGAGCACAUUCACCAUCAUUAUCAUCACUUUGAAGAUAAGGAGGAGUAAUAGAUUGCGUCAUUGUGAGUGUGGGUCGACGGACGACGACGACGACGUUUCGAAAGUAGUAGGAGAAAACUAUUUAUUUUGACAGUUUUAGAAAGUUAAGUUUGACAUAAGAGAGAGUAUAUGUACUGUACAGUUGCUGUUGCGGUUAAGUUGCUGCAUCUAAACUGUACCUUAGCAGGUGGAUGUGGGGGGUAUUGGAAAUAAACGGGUAUUUGUAUGCUUUUUGUAUUGUGAAUGUGAAUGUGCUUAUUGUGAAGUGGUUUAGAAGUAUUUUGUGUCAUUUUGUGGUAAAGUUUUUGUUGACAUGUGUCAGAUUUUUCUUUCACUCUUAAGUUUCUCUAUAUUUUUAUGAUGAAAAUUGUUUCAUAAAACUUAUUAUUUGUAGAAAAAGAAAAUAAAAAACUUUUAUAAAAUGAUGUAUCAAAUAUUUGACGUAUACCAUAGCAUGAUACAAAAACUCACCACAGAAAAACGCAAGUGCUUAUAAUGACAGUUUGCUGUAUUUAACCUUAAGAAACAUACUAAUUAAAUAAUAAUUUAUUUAUCUAUUUAAAUAUUUCUUUUUUUAUGAUGACAAAUAGUUUUUAGUGUUUUUUUACCAUUUUACUACUUUUUUAUUUAAAUUUAAUCUUAAAAUUUUUUAAUAAUUUUUUCUUUAAAAUAAAAAUUAAAACGUAUAAUACUCUUUUGACCAUAUUUUUUCUGUAAAUUUAAGAAUGUAUUUGCUUUUUUAUACCAACUACAAAAUAAAACAAUGUGUACAAUGCAAGAAAAAACUAAUAAACUUAAUAUUAAUUUUUUUCAUAAUAUUUAAAUACCUAUCUUCUAAAUAUAUUUAUAUAAAUGCAUAUCUAAGUGAUUGGCCAAAAACAAAAUAAAAUGAAACAACAAAAUACAAUGCAAACCACUCCUGUGUUAAAGGCAACUUAAAAGUUUAUAACUUUAAAACAAAACACCAUAAAAAUAAAAGAAUAGAAGGACCAAAUAAUAAUAAAAGAAAAACAAAAAAUAACUUUAAAACUUCUGCUUCUGUAAAACUUAAGUCUUAACACAGGGAUUUGAAACAAAAGUAUUAUAAAUUUGUUAACAAAAAUAACAACAAAAAAGAAAAAAACAAACAAACUUAAAAACAUUUUCCUAGACUAUUGGUAUAUAAAUUGUGCCAACUUAAUGCAGGAAAAUUUAUAAUUAUACAUAAAUAAAAUAAAAAUUAUAAAAUGUUAAAUAUAGAAAAAAGAAAAAUUAACAAAAAAAAAUAAAUAAAUAUGAAAAUAUGUUGUGAAUAAGAAGUUUAUAUAUAUGAAUAGAUAUUUAAUGUAUAUUAUUAUAUGGUAGAAAAUUUUAUUUCAUUACAAAAAAAAAAAAAAACAAAAAUGAUACGAACUAAAUUAAAAUUCUUAUUUUCUUCUUCUUCUUCUUCAUUUUAUAUAAGACAAUAAUGUUUAUAACUUUUUGGUUUAAUUUUUUAAAACAAACAAAUGUUUUCUUAACAUUAUCUCUUUUUAAUUUAAUUGCAGUUUUUUAUUUACUUAUUUUAUUGUUUGUUUUUAUUUUAACGAAAUGAAAAGAAAAAAUACAAAACUUUUAUUUACAACUUUUG